CAUCGUCCCAUGAUGAGUUUCCUCGCAUUUCGUGUUUCUCUCACGUUCUCCGUACACACCUCGCCAAACCGGUCUGUGCGAUCAAGUGAAGAACCUGGCAACUUUACGACCAUGUUCUUGACUAUUAUCAUCUUCGCCGAUCCGAUGAGAAGAAUUCAACCACGGAUUGGUGUUCUUUAUCGAAUUCACAGAGGACCUCAUCGGGUUGAAUAUCCUGAUAUCAUGGAUGAGGAUGUUCGAGAGUAGAUAUACAUGAUUCUGCACCCACGCCCAUGAUAUGUUAUCGGGGCCGCCACUAUCUGGACUGGUCUCAAUGGGGCUUCUGUGUUUGUCGAUAUUUUGGCCAGACUGAUAUGUGUUGAAGCGAUGUAUGAAUACGCCUUGGUUAGCGAGUUGUUGUAUACUUUCAGAAAAACGCCACUCAAAAUCAACAGCGCAAAUGUAUAUUAGUAUUUUUGUUUUUGGUGAUAAAUCUCAAGAUAUCAAAGAU